AUGGAGGUCUUUGCUAUGGACAAAGACUUUUUCCUGGUGAAGUUGGGGAACGACCAAGAUUACUUCAAAGCCCUCUCUGACGGGCCUUGGGUGAUCUUCGACCAUUAUUUGGUUGUUCAACAAUGGACACCGGCUUUCAGGUUCACGGACAAACUUCCAAGUACGAUGGUGGUGUGGGUUCAAUUUCCGGGUUUUCCCGUUCACUUUUACCAUAAGGACCUUCUGUUCUCGCUGGGUAAUCUCAUUGGGAAGGCGAUCAAACUUGAUUUCCACACGUUGCAUCAGCAACAUCCUGUGCUCUGCCCGGAACAAGCUAGCGAUAGAGCGGCGGAAUUCUCACCGACACCGACGACAGCCUCCGUCGAACCUUCGUCGGAGGAAGUGUCCGGCUUUGGCCCCUGGAUGCUGGUCACGAGAAAGGCACGCCACAAUCAACGGGAGAUACCAAAUCAGGGGCGUCCGGAUCAGGCGGAAGAGAGUAGUGAGGGGACAAUUAACAAACAAGAAAGGAAAGAGAGAUCUGCGAGGAAGGAGAAUGGGCAGCCUCCAAAUCAGGCUGGGAGCAAAUCACCUCAACGGAAACAAGGUCCGCAGGCGACGCAAGGGGGAAAUACGAACAAGAAGGGGAAAGAGGAAAACAAAAAAGGAAAAGAGGUUGCGUUGGUAGCUUCGGAGGUUGAAAAAACCUCGGGUAUUCUGGGCCCGAUUCCAAGGUCUGAAGGCCCAAGCUCCAGGAAGAGUUCAGUCAGCCCCAACACUAAUGAUGCGUCGUCUUCUGGGCCUAAGGAGGAUGGGCUAAACGUGAUUAAUCCAAUUGGGUUGGUAACCCAAUUAGUCAGAGAAAAAAGAAAAGAAGAAAGGAGGACAGGGGAGGAGGGAAUCGACACAAGGAAGAGCACCCCAAUACGGCACAGUCCGAUGAAACCUCUUAAGAUUUGGUCUCCUGUCAAGGAUCGGAGGAACAAAGGCCAGGAUAGACGGAUUUCUUUAACUCUACAACAGAUUAAAGAAUGGACGGAGAUGAGCUCGGAAAACAGAGACGUCGAGGCCCUUCGGGAAUAUCCUCUCCCAGCAGAUGAUUUCGGCCCGAAACUGACCGACGGAAGUGGCCCUCUGGCCUAG